AUGGCAGACCGUCAAAUAACGCAGUCAACCAUCCUCACGCUGCUGUCGAAGCUCAAUGACCCCGAUGCCGACCUGAGAUACAUGUCUCUGAAUGAUCUCUAUGGGAUCCUGACCAACCCAAAUUCUUCCUUCCUCACCCAUGAUCGAACUACAUCAACAAAGCUUGCAGAUGGUCUACUCAAAGCUUUGGAUGAUCAACACGGCGAUGUGCAGAACAUCGCGCUCAAAUGCCUUGGUCCGCUCGCCGUCCGCCUGCCAUUCGAAUCCCUUACACCUCUUCUCGAGCAGCUGGCUAGCUUGACCGCCUCUGAGACGAUAGACACCUCCGUGCCCAACACAGCUCUUCGCGUUAUCGUUGACACCCUCCCUCGCCCCCAAGCAGGCCAGCCUGCGCCCCAAAAUGUGAUUACGGCAUACUCGGCUGUAUCGAAGGUCCUGAUCCCCCGCUUGACUGGCCCAACACCUUCCCCCUCCGGCAGGCGGGGCUCACUGGUGCGAGGUAUGAUGGAGAAGGAUCCGUCUCGGGGCUUCAGCAGUGAUGCGAUCGAUGUGCUUAUCAAGGUUGUGACCUGCUUUGGACCUCUUCUCCAGGAACGUGAGCUCGAUGGCCUCCAAAUUUCAGUCAUGGCCGUCAUCCGAAAUGACACGGCGGGAACUGUUGUCACCAAGCGCGCAUUAACAGCCAUCUCAGCGCUCGUGCUUCACUUCUCCGAAAGUCAACUCAACAACUUUGUCUCCACCCUUACCAAAACGCUUUCCUCCAAUAUAUCUGUGGUGCAGCGUCGGCACUUGAUCGCUGCUAUCGGCGUCAUCGCACGGACUGCUCCCUCGAAGUUCGGCCCGCACCUGGAUAGUCUUGCACCUUUUAUCUUCUCCGCCGUCGGGGAGGAUGAUGUUGCACAGGACAAUUGA